GGCUUCCCAAGGCAGAUCCUCUGCCUGCACACCCUGCUCAGCUGAAUGGUACCAACACCAUCUUCUCAUGUCUUCACAUUUGACAGUGCACUGAACUCCUUCCUGAUCCUCUUGCUCCUCUCUCUUUCCUUCUUUCCACUUUCCACUCCCCAUUCUCUCUCCUUUUUCUCCCCGCUUUCUAAUCCUCCCGAGCCCCUCCUUCAGUCCUUUCUUCUAUCCCCCCCAUCCUAACUGUCCACCCCACAGCAGUCUGUGCAAAUACCAAUACUGAAGCACAAGGUUUCCAUGCCUGCAGAGGGAGAACGACUGAACCAUUUCUCAGAGCACAAAGCAGCACCAGAACCCCCAGCACACCAGAGGAGAAGGAUCCCAACAAGGAUUUCAUGAUGCGCUUCCAGGGCCCGGCAAACUGUUGCAUCGGGCUGCACAGGGAAGAAGAGGACGCCCAGUGGACAUGGAGCGAUGGCACAGCCUUCACCAACUGGUUUGAGCUGCGAGGUGGAGGCCGAUGUGCGUACCUGAACGGGGACAGGAUCAGCUCAUCCCUGUGCCACCUACACAAGCACUGGGUCUGCAGCAGAGCUGACCACUACGUCCUCUGGAAGCAAAAGGCGCACCCACAAUGAGAGACCCCACCACCGUGUCAGGACCCGGUCAGCCGUGUGACAGGUAGGUUGUGUUUUUACAGAGGAAAUUUCCAGUAUUUCUGUAUGUAGUGUAGGUGAAGUUGCUUUUCACAGAGAAAGCUGCUGAACAGAGUAAAGUUGAGACUGGGGCAUUCCCUCCUGGGUAGAAUUGGCACAGGCAUCAGGUAAGGAAAUUCUAUAGGGUAGGGGAGAGCCAAGCACAGGACAGAAGGAGUGUGCAGACUGUUGGAAAUGUUGUCCUCCUAUCUCCUUAAAAAGUACAGAACAUACCCAAAGACAAUGGGUUGCUAACAGACGUUGUAUGGAAACAUAACGGAGCAACAGCUUCGGACCAUUGUGAGCCUGAGAUGCUCAACCAAUGAGUGCCAGGAGAGGCUUUGCCUGUGUUGGACCCAGGGGAGAAAACAGAGUGGAUUUCACUGAUCAGGAGCGCAAUUUCUGCCUUGGCAGUAGGGGGCGUGCGCCCGUUGUUGCAAUCAUGGACAAACUGCUCUUCACAGAGAUCUCGGCCUGAUUCGAAAUUGUAGACCUGGAGCGUGUUUCUCACAAAGCUGCAAACAUCAGCACGAGCUCCAAGGUGGGCGAGGAGGGCCCAGGGAGCAAAGGGCUUCACCAUGGUGCUGGGCAUAAAGGACGGAACGCUGCUUUCUGUGUGUGCUGCUGCUUGCAGGACAGCUGACACUGAAAUGGCGAAUAAAACCUGCUUUGAUCAGAGAUAGUGUCUGGAUCAAUUCCUUGGGUAUAACCAACAGGUGCGGGUUCUCCUUUCCCCCCAUGAUGG